AUGGCUGCACCAGGACCACAUGCAUUUAUUCUUGUACUUAAUAUUUCACGUUUCACAAAAGAGGAUGAGACAACAGCUUUACUCUUGUUUAAAUUGUUUGAAAAUGCUGUUUUUGAACAUUUUAUUGUUCUUUUUACCCGACUUGAUGAUCUAGAAUAUGACGGAAAAACACUUGAAGAAUAUCUUCAGUCUAUUCCUAAAAAUCUCAAAUCUGUUUUAGGAAAAUGCGGAGAUAGAUAUAUUGCUUUCAAUAAUAGAUGUACAGAAGAGAAAAACGAUCAACAAGUUAAACAGUUAUUAGACAUAAUUGAUAAAAAUCUGUCAAGAACAGAAAAUAAGUAUUACACUGACGAUAUGUUCAAUGAAACAGAGAGAUUAUUAAAAGAGAUAGAAAUUGAACAAAUCUUAGAGCCGGAACUUAAUUUUGAAAAAAUCACUGAAAAAUACAGAGAUUUAGAUACAAAUAUUAGGUCUCAAAAUAAUGAACUUGAAAAAAAUUGUCAAAUAGCAAAACACCAUAUCGCAGAAUUUGACAAAAAAAUUAAAAUACUAAAGCGAGAUAUGAGCACAGAACUUAAAAAAAUGGAAGAUGCGGAGAAAAAAAGCAAUGAAUCACGACGAGAAAAUUUAUUCCAGAUUGUCAAAAACAGUGGAACUAAGGUGGCAAGAAUACUGCUGGAAAAAUCUGAUCAUCUCAGAACACGUCUUUUCAAUUUUUUUAAGCCACAGGAUUCCCCAAACGUUGCAGUUAGACGCGAAACACAAUUAUAA